GCGCGAACAAGCAUCUGUCAGACACGGACUUUUUCUUGUUUACUUGUCACAUCACAAAAUCUCUAAAUAGUCCCGACGAAUGUAAAGGAAUAGAAUGGCGUGGUUGUCUGGCAUCACCGGAAAGGCUGAGAACUUUCUGAACAGCCUUGAUCAAACAGCAGCCAAAGUUUUGCAUGAAACUCCAGGACAAAAUCAAUCUAAAUACCCCACAGCAGAAACAGCCCCUAAGGAUCUCACUGACCACACACCUUACCUGAAUCAGAAACCCAGCAGCAUAACACCAUCACAAAAUGUCCCUUCAAAGUUUGAAUAUAAACAAGAAGACCAAAGUGCAUCUGCUAAUACUGAUUUCAUUGCCCAAAAGGCAAAAUCUGACCCAACUGCUACAAAAAAGAAGAUGGACAAAGAUGAAGCCUUAUUUGAAUUUUUGAAUAGUCCAGAGCCUGCUGAGCGUCGUAAGAGCACGCCAGCAAGCAGUACUAGACAUUCACGGCAGUCAAGUGCAUCCUCUGUGAUAUCCAAUAAGGGAGGUCGAAGUGAAAACCUUCCAUCAUCCUCCUCCACCAGUGGCUCUUCAAUGGUCCAUGUUGAAAUGCCGGAACCAGAUGCCUCAAAUGACCCAGAAGGUAAUCAGGUCAUUGACUACAAAGAAAAUGUUGAUGGCACAGACAGUCGGCACAGUCCAGAUAACAUGGACAUGGCCGCCCUGGAGGAUGCCAUGCAGGACCAGUCUCCUAGCAACAGUGUCCAUGGCAACCAGGAGCUUGAGUCACGAGAUGUAAUGUCUACAUCUUCAAUAGACCUAGAAAACAGGCUGCUGAAGAGUGAGGUGGCCUCGCUAAAUGAGGAGAUGGCAGCACUUGUGCAGAGAGCCAAGGACUCAGAAAGAGAUUUGACUCGCCUUCGUGAGAGGCUUCAGGACCAGCAGCGCGCCACAUCACGUGCCGAGGGUCAGGUGCGGGAGCUGCAGGGUCUGGAGUCAGACCUGGAAGAGGCGCUUCGUGCCAAGGACUCUCAGCUGGCCGUGCUUCGUGUACGCCUGGAGGAGGCUGACAGGGAAACAGAGGCAAGGCAGAAGUCCUUGGUGCAGCUCAAGUCAGAGAAAAGCAGGAUCCUGCAGGAUCACACCGACUCCAGCGGGAUGCACGGCCAGGCCCUGGAUUCUCUGAGACAGAAACUGACAGAAGUGGAAGCCGCUUUACACAGGGAACAGGAAGCCAACAAGAUGACACGGCAAGAGGUGUCAGACAGGCAGAUUCGGUUGGAGGAUGAACAAAGGAGUUUCACCGAGGCCCUCACAGUAGCUGAGAAAAAAUACACUGAUGAGAAAAGUCGUGUCGUAGAGUUAACAAGCCAGCUGAAGACACUAAGGACCAGCCUGGACUCUGCUAAACGAGAGCUGUCAGAGUACAAGGAGAAGGCCACCAGAAUAUUACAGUCAAAAGAGCGGUUGAUAGCAAGCCUUCGGGAGGGGUCUGGUGCAUCAGGAGAGGCGGCGGGCGUGUCAAGUCUGGAGUAUGAUACGGUUAAACAGGAGCGUGACAUGUUCAGGGAGGAAAUACAGCAAGCCAGGAUGAAUAUAGAGAACCUCAGGAUGGAAAUAACUGACCUCGAGGCCCAGAUUCAGCAGGAGACUGAGACAGCGAGAGAUGAGAUUACCUCCCUUGAGGAGAGCAUGGCAGAGGAGAAACGUCGACGGGAGGAGGCAGAGCAGGAACUACUCAAACACAAAAAGGAGCUGCAAUAUGCAAUCGAAGAAAUCAACAAACAGAAGACCUCAUUCCAGUCACAAAUAGAUGACCGAGAAAAAGAGACUGAAAGACUAAGGACUCAGCUAUCAAAAAAAUCUGCUAGCUCGCAGUCAGAGGUAGAGCUGGAGUCUCGUGUACGCGACCUCACGGAGAGCCUCAUACACAAACAAACGAUGGUUGAGGCCCUUUCCACAGAGAAAAACUCCCUUGGCCUCCAGCUUGAGAGAUUACAGCAGCAGUACCAGGAUGUACAGGCAUCAUCAGUGCGGUCAAACACCACAGUGAUCCCUGUACAUGAGGAGGAAGAAGUGAGACACAGAUUGCCAAUGUUUAUGAGAGAGACACACACAGAUUCUGAUGUCACCAGGAAAAUGAAGCGAGCAGCCAACACCAUCGACAGAUUUAGUAUCAGGCUGGGAGUUUUCCUGAGGAGAUACCCAAUAGCAAGAGUGUUUGUGAUAGUUUACAUGGCUGUGCUGCACCUCUGGGUGACGUUUGUGUUGUUGACGUACCAGCCCGAGAUCCACGGGCCAACCAUAUCCGUCAUGCCUGAGGCCCCAGCAGGGACCAACUGAAUAGCUGAGGCUCUGUUUGGGGGUUGUGGAAUAUUAUGAUUCAUAUGAAAUACUGGCAAAACAAUGGAAACAGUCUUAAUGACCUUCUAGUUUCCCCUACCAGUAUCAGAUUCUGGGUAUCUAGUUAAGCUUCUAUAUGUGCACACGAUUCCUAUAGAAAAUGUUUCUUUCUGCCAAUAAUUAUAUGUGCUAGAAAAGUGCAGUCAAAAGUAAGUAGACAUUACUUAAAUUGUGUCAUGUCUAUUGUUUAGCCUAAGUAGUUGUCAUAAAUUGUUUUGGUGGUGCGGUUUUGUUUGUCUGUUUUGGCCAUGAACAGCUGUGAUAGAUGUUAUGGACCAACAUGAAACUUUUUAAGUUUUGUCAACUAGAAAUUGUUGACCAAUGCAUUCUCAUAAAUAUUUUGUAAACAAAUAAAAUGCUAUGCCUUUCUUAUGUUUGAGUUUUUGUUUGAAGGUGUUUUUUUCACUUCUUUAAUUGAAUGAGUUCUUAUUUGAAUGAGUGUCAAUUCUACUGAGUAAUUGUUAUAUUAUUGCAUACAAUAUUCACAAAACAUAUUCUCUAUUUAUUAUUUUCUUGGUAGUUGUUGAAAGUAGGAUCUAGUGUCCCGAUGAUAGAGUGGUCUGCAUUUCUUUAUUGGGUUAAAUAUGAAUUUAUGUUACACUUAACUUCACUGUGCAUGCUCUUGUAGAAGUGUCCAUUAUUGUUUGUCUCUUGUAACCAUAAAACAUGGAUUAUUAUGCACUCUGUUGUAUGUUAUUGACUGUUAUAUUUUUAUAAAUAUAUUAAUAUUAUAUCACCCACUUGUUAAAUUGUACAUAUCUUAUGCUGGUUGAUGAGUAAUGUACAUUGUACAUAAUAAUGGAGAAAUAAAAGGUGUGAAAUGGC